CUCUCUCUCUCUCUCUCUCUCUUUCUCUCUCUUUCUCCCCAUUGACUCACUCACUGACUCUCUUUCUCACACUAUUUUUCAGUGACAUUACUGUAUUGAUUGGUUUACUUUACAUUACAUUACUAUUGCUAUACAUUUUUAUAAGCCGUACUCUACAGUACUGUAGAGUUGUUAUUACACUAACAGUAGUAUAAUAUGUAUUAAUACAGUAUUAUUACAACAGAGUCUCUCUGAUGGCUAUUAAACCAUAAUAUUUAGUGCAAUCAAAUCGGUUAUCAAAAUUUAAUGGAAGUAUUAAUAAUAAUACAAUCGUUAAGAUGAAAACGAUACCAAACCAUAAUGUGAGUGACCAUCGAGUGCUGUGUAUAUGACUCUACAAAUUCUGAGAUCAGAUAACAUAUUAACAGAUUAAGCUGAUCCACACACACAUACAAAACAAACCAUGAUGUCAAUCAAUGAUUGUCGAUCGAUGAAUAACACCACUGAUGAUUGCGUCCGCAAGACUAUCGACAACUGUCUGGCCAUUCAGGCCAUGAUCGACAUCAAUGCCAAACAUUUGGAAGGACUUCGUACUGAGUGCUCGAUCACCGCCGAGUUGACCCAAAACGAGAUCCGCACUCUCGAGUCAAAACUCGUCAAACUAUUUAGCAGACAGUUGGCGGCCAAACGCAAGUGUCGCGGCAGUCAUGAGAUAAUUGAACUCAAGCCAUAUCCACAUCUGAGACAAUGGCUUAGGAUUGUCGGUUUAAGCGACAGAUCUAUCAAUGUGAUAUGCAAUCGGGUCAUGACUUUUGAUGCGUUACUCAAGUCAUCAGAACAGCAGAUGAAAGAGAUAUUACAUGAGAAUGAAUCGCGUGAGGAAGAGAUCCGGCGAAUAUUGACGGCACUCAAGAGUCUUAAGCUGUCCAUUGAUAAGGUGAUGGCCGGUGAGCUACUGCUAGAUGAUCUACAUUGGGAUUCAUGGGACAGAACCAAGUCGACAACCAAUACAAACACCAUGACUUCCUCAGCUUCGGCGUCGCCACGUAUUACAAGAAACCGAACAAUGCGAACAUCGGUUCCAUCGGAAGAUAUACUUAAAAACAAUAGUCCAUUAUCUCCGCCACAAUCUGCAGGACUUUGGUUUCCACAAACUGGUUCCUAUAUAUUGAACUCAAACCUGACGUCGACCACUAACUCAAUGGACAGUCGACGGCCAACACCUCCGCCAACGCCGCCGAUAAUCAACAAAAACAAUUCAAGACAAAAGUUUCCGACAACACCGCCGCCUGGGAAACGCAAUCUACUGGUCGAUCCGUUUCCGUUGACCAAAAGCAAGUCACAUGAAGAACAUUUGGCCCAUCGUAUCGAACCAUUAGAUCCUGCGGUCGCUAAUCAAGUGCUACUCAAGUAUAUAACCAAUGCUUCGCAUAAUCAUCACAAUAGUUUAGACAACUUGGGCCAAACAACACACCGCCGUCGGCUGCAAACCGAACCCGGAUUAGGUCACUCGUCGCCCAUCAUGAUGUCACCGUCGAGGUCGCCUCCAGUGGCCAGUCCCGAUCAGCAACAUGACAACUGUUUUGUCGACACGCCUGUCGCGCCCCGCAGUCCGCGAUCGCACGGUAUGGCGCAUUCCAUACAUCAUCGGUUUAGUACAACAAUGAAGAUUAAUAGUACGUGCAAUCUGUGCGAAAAGCCGAUGUUUAUCGGCUAUAAGUGCAAAGAGUGUAAAUACAGGUGUCAUCGCGACUGUGUCGACAAAGUGCCCAAUUCAUGUGGUUUGCCCAACGAGUUUGUCGACAUUUUCAAGCAGAGCAUCAACAAUGAAGAACGCCGGUCGCCAAUCGUCUUAAGUCAUGCCAUACCGAACAUGAGCGUCGGCGGCGGCGGCAGUUCGAGGUCUCAAAGUGAAAUACUCGGCCGCAAAGUACAUAAAAAGCGGACCCAUUAUAACCAACCCAUGAUAAACCUGCCCUCAUUUGCCGGUCACGACUCCUCGUCCAAUACAUCGUCGUGUAAUUCCUCAACGCCAUCAUCGCCAGCACUCAUCUAUCCAUCGAUGCCAUCCUCGCAGACUACGCCUCAGUCCGCAUCCCGUAUACAACAGUUCCAGUUUCCAGAGAUAACCAUUCCAUACGGUGACGGAUAUAAUAAUACUAAUAAUAAUCAUAUUAAUACUAAUGAUGGUAGUAUUACCAUAGAAACGAAACCAUUUAGUGAAAGUGAAGUGAUUGACACACAAAAGAGUACAGAUAGUGAUAAAACAGUGUCCGGUACUUCGGGUUCCGGUAGUACAGAUUCAGAGAAAACUUUGGCCGGACGUGUCGAUAGUCAAGAUAGUCAGGCCUCGGAUCUCGAUCCGAACGAUAAGUCGUGGCCGCGACAAAACAGUUUAACGCUUCGCGAAUGGGAUAUACCGUUUGACGAGCUUAAGAUCGAGGAGGCCAUUGGUACCGGUAGGUUUGGUACUGUGUUCAAAGGCAAUUGGCACGGAUCAGUGGCCAUCAAACGGUUAAACAUGAACAACGUUUUGGAUGAUAAGAAAACAAUCGAAUCCUUCAAACAAGAAGUGGCCACUUUUCGCAAGACCCGUCACGACAAUCUUGUGUUGUUUAUGGGCGCCUGUAUGAAACCGCCACAUCUGGCUAUAGUGACCUCACUGUGCAAAGGCAUGACACUAUACACACACAUACAUCUGCGUCGCGACAAAUUCAAUUUGAACCGUACAAUCACUAUCGCGCAACAGAUUUGUCAGGGAAUGGGUUAUCUUCACGCGCGCGGUAUUGUCCACAAAGAUCUUAAAUCGAAAAACAUAUUCUAUGAAAACGGCAAAGUCGUCAUAACUGAUUUCGGACUGUUUUCUGUGGCUAAACUCUGUGUCGGCAACAGAAAGGGCGAUUGGCUAACAAUACCGAAAGGAUGGCUCUGCUAUUUGGCGCCAGAGAUAGUCCGUAGUCUACGAAUUCAUAGCGAACAGGACACUGAAGAACUACCAUUCUCUACGGCUACCGAUGUCUAUGCUUUUGGAACCGUAUGGUAUGAGUUACUAUUAGGCGAGUGGCCAUUCAAGGGACAACCAUCGGAAGUGAUUAUAUGGCAAGUGGGCAAAGGAGUGAAACAAUCGCUGAUGAAUCUUCAAGCGUCUAAAGAAGUCAAGGAUUUAUUAUUGAUUUGCUGGUCAUUUAAGUCAAAUGAGAGGACAGAGUUUAGUAAGUUAUAUGAAAUACUGACGCGUUUGCCAAAGAAACGAUUGCAAAGGAGUCCAUCACAUCCCAUACAUCUGUUGAGAUCAGCUGAGUCUCUCUUCUGAUAGAAAUACACAGACAGAGAGUAAUAUCAUCGUUGGUUAACAAAUACAGUAGAUUUUAUGAUUGAUUGUAAUAUCAAUUUAAUUAUUUUGUCGUUUAUUCAGUUUAUAGUUAUAUAUCUGUAUA